AUGGCUUCGCAUACACUACUCAUUACAGUUCACCUUGUCGCCUACCCCAUUCGGCCAAACAGACAAGGACUCUGCAUGCUUGGAUCCUUCACCUACUCACUCCGUCCCUCGUCGCUACUGGUGCCGCUGCUCGUCAGUUACGAGUCGUCGGGCCUAUCCGUUUAA